GCUUUUGUUUGCUGAAACAGACUUUGUUUCCUUAUGUGAUGCUUUACGCAUAACAGACAAUGUGAGAAUAACUGCUUGGAAGACCUAUGAAAAAAUGGAUGUAGAGAGCCAGCUAAAAAAAGAAUUGUGGGGCAUCUGCAUUUUUAUGGCUGCAGUUGACCUGGAUGAGAUGACAUUCACUUUUACAGAACUUCUGAAAUGUUUAAAAAUUAGUGUAUGCAAAUUUCUGCACUUGAUUAAAGAAAUAGAUGUCAACAUGGAUACAAUUAGUGCUAAAAUGGACUGUACUAUAUCACGUCUGCAAAGGAAAUAUGAUGUACUCUUAGUACUCUACCAAAAGUUUACAAGGACUUGCGAAAUUAUUUGCAUUGACAAGCCCAAUGAUCAAACUUGUGCUGAAAUAAGUUCUUGCUUAUUUAUAAAAAACUGCUGGAUCAUGUUUCUUUUGGCAAAAGGAAAAAUACUGCAGAUGGAAGAUGAUUUGGUUAUCUCUUUCCAGCUUCUGCUGUGUGUUUUUGAUUAUUGUACCAGACAAUUACCCCCUGCACUACUUAAAGAACCUUACAAAUCUAUAAUUGCAGUAUCGUCUGGAACAAGUAGACAAGGUCAGAAUAAAAGUGCAAGAACAUCAAAAAUUGAUACAGACAUCAAGGUUAUUGAAGAGCUCUGUAAAGAGUAUGAUUGUAAUUUGGAUGAGGUGAAAAAUGUUUACUUUACUAGCUUUAUUCCAUUUCUGAAUUCAAUGGGCACUACAACUUUCAGAAGACUUCAGGAGGUUGAAGAUUUGUCAACCAAAUAUGAAGAAAUGUAUUUGAAAAACAAGGAUAUUGAUGCUAGAUUAUUUCUAGAGAAAGAUGAGACUUUGAAAUAUGAAAAUGAAGAAUGUUUGCAGUUAGAGAGAACUCCUACAAAAAACCAAAUUGAAGAUUCUCCUAUUGUACUUCCACAAACCCCUGUUCGAGCUGCAAUGAAUACUAUUCAGCAGUUAAUGAUAAUAUUGAACUCUGCAAGUGAUACCCCUUCAGACAACCUUCUCUUCUAUUUUAAUAACUGCACAGUUAAUCCUCAUGAAUCAAUAGUGAAAAGAAUAGAAAAUAUGGGUAUUAUCUUCAAGAACAAAUUUGCUGAAGCAGUUGGACAAGGCUGUGCUGAAAUUGGAUCUCAGAGGUACAAAAUUGGAGUAAGGUUAUACUAUCGUGUGAUGGAAUCCUUAUUAAAGUCGGAAGAAAAACGCCUGUCAGUUCAUAAUUUCAGCAAACUUUUGAAUAAUGACGUCUUCCACAUCUCUCUGUUGGCUUGUGCUCUUGAGCUAGUCAUGGCUACAUAUGGCACUUCAAGAAAUGCUUCACAGAGCAUGAACAUAGAAACAGACUUGUCUUUUCCAUGGAUCAUCAACAUCCUGGAUUUGAAAGCCUUUGAAUUAUACAUGAUUGUUGAAAGCUUCAUUAAAGCAGAACCAAGCUUGACCAGAGAGAUGAUAAAACACCUAGAAUGCUGUGAACACAAAAUUAUGGAAUCGCUUGCAUGGCAAUCAAAUUCACCAUUAUUUGAACUGAUAAAGCAGUCCAAAGACCGAGAGGGGCAGGCUGAUGAGCCCGAACCUGCCAACUAUUUUACUCAGCCUCAUCAACAUAACCACAGUGCUGCAGAUUUGUACCUCUCUCCCAUGAAGUCCCCUAAGAAAAAAGUUUCUUCCACUUUUGUAUAUUCUUCUCCGGAGUCGCAGGCUGUGGGGCUAAAUCAAUCUCAGAAACCUCAUAAAUCUAUUUCUUUGUCAUAUUUCUAUAAAAAAGUGUAUUGCUUGGCUUAUAGACGAUUAAAUAACUUGUGUUUGCGUCUUCUGCCUGACCAUCCUGAACUUGAACAUGUGAUAUGGACCCUUUUUCAUCACACACUGCAAAAUGAAUAUGAACUGAUGAAAGACAGACACUUAGACCAGAUUAUGAUGUGUUCCAUGUAUGGCAUAUGUAAGGUGAAGAAUAUUGAUCUCAGGUUUAAAACUAUUGUGACAGCAUACAAGGAACUCAACAAUGCAAAUCAAGAGACAUUCAAGUGUGUGUUGAUCAGGGAAGGACAAUACGAUUCCAUUAUCGUCUUCUACAACAUGGUAUUUAUGCAAAGACUGAAAACUAAUAUUUUGCAAUAUGCUUCCAAUAGGCCUCCAACAUUAACACCCAUUCCUCACAUUCUACAGAGCCCUUAUAAGUUUUCUAAUUCUCCUUUACGUGUUUCUGCUGGAAAUAACAUCUAUGUCUCACCUUUGAAGAAUCCCAGCAAAUUUUCUGAAGGGCUAUUGUCACCCACAAAAAUGACACCCAGAACAAGAAUAUUGGUUUCAAUUGGUGAAUCCUUUGGAAGUUCUGAAAAGUUUGAAAAGAUAAACAAGAUGGUAUGUAACAGUGAUCGUCAUCUCAAACGGAACGCUGAACUAAGCACCACUCCUAAGCCUUUGAAGAGAUUGCGUUUUGAUAUAGAAGGUCAAGAUGAAGCUGAUGGAAGGGAACAUCUUUCUGGAGAGUCAAAAUUCCAACAAAAGCUUGCAGAAAUGACAUCUACUAGGACUAGAAUACAAAACCAGAAACUGAAUGAUGGUGCUGAAGUUUCAGAUACUGUACAAAAGUGAACUGCUGUCGAGACCCAGGAUCUGCACUGUAGCUUUGAUUUCUGCUAUGUUGUUUUGCAUAUAUUGCUUAGCUAAUUUAAUUUAGUUGAAUUUCAUGUUUUUUAGCGUUUCAUGCUAUAACAUAGCAUAUGUAUUAUCCACUUAAGUGUUAAUUUAUACAUAUUAGUUUUAAGUAAAAUUGAUUUCCCAGUG